GAACCCAAUUCGCACUCAACUGAGAAACCACCAAAAUUUUGAGAUUUCUCUCAGCACAGUUUAGUUGGUUCAUCCAUGGCUCUGUUCCGAGGUCACAAGGUCUCCCAAAAGCAAAAGGACAGAGUAAAAGAGAGGAAAAGGGGCGCGUAUCUAUCUACACAGGUAGGACUUUGGAACCCAAUUCCCACCCAACUGAGAAACCACCAAAAUUUUGAGAUUUCCCUCAGCACAGUUUUGUUGGUUCAUCCAUGGCUCUGUUCCCAGUUCACAAGGCCUCCCAUUCCAGAUCUACUUCUUCUUCUGGACUUGGUUAUGACGUGUUCCUGAGCUUCAGAGGUGAAGACACCCGAAAGAACUUCACUGAUCACCUCUACACGGCCCUUGUCAACGCCCGAUUUCGAACUUUCCGGGAUGACCCUGAACUCGAAAGAGGUGAAAAUAUCAAGGAAGAGCUCGAGAAUGCCAUUCGACAGUCACGGAGUUCUGUGAUUGUGUUUUCGAAAGACUACACCUCUUCCAGAUGGUGUCUGGACGAGCUUGUCAUGAUCCUUGAACUCAAGAGGAGCUCCGAUCAUGUUGUGUUACCGGUCUUCUACGACGUCGAUCCAUCCCACGUGAGGAAGCAAGCAGAAACUCUUUCAAAGGUUCCUAAAUACCAAGAAAAUCAAUCCUCGGAGAAGUUGAAUGGAUGGCGGGCAGCACUUCUAGAAGUUGCAGAUCUAGCAGGAAUGGUUUUACAAAAUGAAGCCGACGGGCAUGAGUCAAAGUUCAUCCAAAAGAUCGUUACAGUGAUUCAAGACAAGCUUGGUUGUGUGCCCCUAAGUGAUGUUCAGAAGGAAUUAGAGGAGAAGUUGUUAUCUGUUAACCCUGUUCUUGAUGACGCCGAGGGGAAGCAACUGAAAUUCCAAACGACUGUGAAGCCAUGGCUCCAUAAGCUUAAAGAGGCAGUCUAUGAGGCUGACGACCUGUUGCAGGAGAUCAAAACUGAAGCAUUGAGGCAAAAGAUAGAACACGAAUAUGGGAGUAGCACGAGUAAGGUACAAGAGCCCAUCUCUACUCCAUCUCAUGCUCUUGACUCAGCUUUAAUAUACUCCAGGGCAGAGCAAGUUCUUGAAAGACUAGACAACAUUUCAAAGCAUACAAAAGAUGUCUUGGAUUGGAAAGUAACCGCAGGACACAGAGUAUCACAAACACUACCGUCAACAUCUUUGGUAGAAAAGUCUGUAUAUGGAAGAGAUGAAGAGAAAGAAAGAUUGAUUAAAUUAUUGCUAUCAGAUGAUGAGACUGGCAAUGAAAUAGGUGUGAUUCCUAUUGUGGGUAUGGGUGGAAUCGGGAAGACCACCCUUGCCCAGUUUGUAUACAACGAUGUUAGAGUGAAGGAAGAUUUUCACCUCCAAGCAUGGGCUUGCGUUUCAAAAGAAUUUGAUGUUUUUAGGAUCUGGCAACAAAUUUAUGAGUCCCUCACCCCAGAACGUUGCCAAAGCACAAACCUAGAUCUGCUUCUAUCAAAGUUGCAGGCAACUUUGAGGGGGAAAAGGUUCUUCUUUGUUCUUGAUGACAUCUGGAACGAGAAUUAUAACCAGUUGGAAUUCUUAAUGCGUCCCCUUGAGUUUGGAGCACAUGGAAGCAAGAUUAUUGUCACAACACGCAGUCAAGAUGUUGCACGUAUGAUGGGUAGCCUUGAAGCUCAGCAUCUCAGGCCAAUGUCUGAGGAGGAGAGCUGGUCGUUAUUCGAAAAACAUGCCUUCAAAAAUGCAGCUGUUGGUGCACACUCACAUCUUGAAAAAAUCAGUAGACAAGUUGUUCGAAAGUGCAAUGGUCUUCCUUUGGCGAUUAAGUCCCUUGGGGGUCUCUUACGUUCUAAAUUGUUAGUGGAGGAAUGGGAAAGUAUAUUGAACAGCGACAUGUGGGAGUUCUCACCGGAUGAGAGUGACAUUCUGCCAUCUCUAUGGUUGAGCUAUCUAGAUCUGCCUCUACAUCUCAAGCGUUGUUUUGCCUAUUGUUCACUAUAUCCCAAGAACUAUGAAUUUGAAAGAUCAGAGUUGGUUUACUUGUGGAAGGCUGAAGAUCUAUUGCAACAUAAAAAAAACAAAACGGCAGAAGAAGUCGGACUAGACUACUUCAAUGAUCUAAUCUCAAGAUCAUUUUUUCAACUUUCAGAGAUUAGAUCAUUUUUUCAACUUUCAUCAAUUUCUGAUCGAUAUUUCAUCAUGCAUGACCUUAUCAAUGAUUUAGCAAGCUUUGUAUCUGGAGAAUUUUGUUUUAGGUGGGAGGGCAGUGAUUCACCCAACAGUUUGAGCAAGACUCGUCAUUUUUCAGAUAAGCCAGUAUAUUAUUAUCCUCAUGAAACCGAUUAUCAUCAUGAAGCUGCUACCAUAGGGAUGUUUGAGGCUUUACAGCAAGCUAAAUAUUUGCGCACCUUUCUAUCAUUAAAACCACAUUGGAAUUGGAUAUUCGAUAAAAAAUGUGAUAUAUUGCCAAAAUCACAUUGUUUAAGAGUGCUCAAGUUAGAUGGGUAUGAUAUUAAGGAAUUGCCUGAUUCAAUUAACAACUUCAAACAUCUUACGUACUUGGACUUGUCUCAGACUUUGAUCAAAAGGUUACCUGAUACAGUUUGUACUUUGUAUAACUUGCAAGCAUUGUUGUUGUCACAGUGCUGGGACCUUACUGAGCUGCCAGCCAACUUGGGAAGAUUGAUCAACUUGAGCCAUCUGGAUGUAUCAUUUACAGGGAUAAAAAAGAUGCCACCACAAAUGGGUAAGUUGAAAGAUCUCCAGAUGCUACCCGAGUUUGUGCUGGACAAACACAAUGCUGGGGAGAAUUUGGCAGAGUUACGGAAGCUUGAAAAAUUGCGUGGAACUCUUUGUAUCUCAGGGCUUGUGCACAGCAGCGGUUUGGAGGCCUACAUACUGAGGGACAAGAAGUUUCUUAAGGAAUUGGUUUUGAUUUGGAGAGGAAGGGAUUCAAGUGAAGAAGGCAAUAAUCCUGUAGAAGAAAGAGAAGUGCUUGAGAAGCUUCAACCUCACAUGAACCUGGAAAGGCUUACAAUUGAAGGUUAUGGAGGCAAAAUGUUUGCAGGUUGGUCGAAAUAUUUUUCUUCCUCUGCUCUUGUUCAUCUUAAACUUGCUAAUUGUGAGAAUUGUAUCUCCUUGCCACCAUUGGGACAGCUACCUUCCCUCACAGAACUUGAUAUUUCUGGGUUUCAUGGAGUGGUGUCCAUAGGUUCCGAAUUCUUUUGUGGUGAGGGCAAUACUACUACUACCUGUGUGAAUAAACCAUUUAGAUAUCUACGGGUUUUAGAAUUCUACGAUAUGAGUGAGUGGCAAGAAUGGUCUUAUGUUGGAGGUGAAGAAAAUGAAGGUGGGAUUUUUCCAAAUCUUGAGAAGCUUGUUCUAUCAUCAUGUCCCAAUCUUACCGGUAGGUUAACGUCAGACAGUCUCCCGUCUCUCGUGUCUUUGGCGGUAUGGCAUUGCCCAGAAUUCGAAUGUUUUCCAACAGAUGGAUUCCAGUCAAAGUUAAAAUCACUUGACAUCAGCGACUUUAAAAAAGUGAAUGCAAAGAGUGUGCAGAAUCUGAACAAGGGUCUCCGAACACUCACCUCUCUUCGGUCUCUUGAAAGAUUGUCACUUGAAUUUGACUGCGACGAAAAUGUAGAUUGGUUUGCGGAGGAGCAGGAGGGGCUGUUUCCCAGCACUCUCACAUAUCUCGAGAUCAGCCGUCUGAGUUGUGAGACCAUCAACUGCGCCAAGUGGUUUGGCCAUCUCAACUCUCUUCAAGAAUUGGUUAUUGACGACUGCUCUGCACUCCGGUGCUUGCCAGAUAGUGGGCUACCCACUUCUCUGAAAACCUUGAAGAUUACGGGUUGCCCUGCUCUGCGUUGCUUGCCAGAUAGUGGACUACCCUCUUCUCUCUCUCAUCUAGAUAUCACCGAUUGUCCUUUGCUUGAGAAACGGUGCCAAAGAGAGACGGGUGAAGAUUGGCCCAAGAUUGCUCACAUCAAGCGCAUGUGGAUCAAUUCGUCAAAGAUAUGACAACGACAGAGGGCUUGCUCUGAUCAAUUUGGCCACGUCUCAGAGGGCUUGCAUAUUCUGUGUGUAGGAUCCUGUUGUUUGAACUCAUUGUUGAUUCCACAGUUCUAGGGUCUUGCUUGAAGCCUUGAACACAUGAUCGAUGGAUUUGACAACGACAUGCCAUAUGAAGGAGAAACAGACCAUUUCCGUUUCCAUUUCCUAGCAGAGAUGAUGAUCAAUUUUUGUAUUUAUUUGAUUAAAUUAUCUCUCUACAAUUGGAACGGUGAUGUGGUUUAGUUUUGUUCUUUAAGUUGGUGAUGCAUGUAUUGUAGCAUAAAAGAUAUCAAGAAGCUGCAAAGUUUGCUAAGCUUGAGAAAGUUGAAGAAAGAGUGGUGUGAACUGUGAAGUAACAGCAUUAAGUGUUUUAUGUGUGAGCUUUA